AUGGUUCACGCUUUUCGGGAUUUUUCUGCAAAGUAUGAUUUUGUUAACGACACUUCCAUGUACAGUCCUUAUCGCUUUGAAGGAGAUAUUGGUAAUUUUCCUGCGUGAAUAGACAAUUUAACAAGUUUUUCAGUCAACAAUGGCUUGAAUUCGCGAUCUGUGAGCAGUUUCCUCGGAGAUUCGCCCCUUUUUGGGAUUUUCGGUGUGCAGAGAAACGCCGUCCGGCAAACUUAUCUCAAAUGGGACGGCGCUCGGAUUCCCUACACGAUCAGUUCUCAGUACUCAUCUUACAGGUGCAGAAAGGCUUAUCCUUUUGAUAAUGAGAGGAACCUCUUCGAAAUUUUCUGAAAGUUGAGCCGUCUUUGAGGUGUUUGAAAAAUUAUCAAAAUCUUCAAUUUGCUUAACUUCCAAUAUUUCAAAUUUCCUAAAUGAUAGCAUUGGGCCAGUUUCUAGAAAAUACAUCAAGAAAAAAAUAAACUUCAUUGUUGGAAAUCGUGAUUUCCAGCUGUCGGAAUUGGAAAGAAAAAUAUUGCAAAACAAAACUUGAUUCAGCUAUCAAUUUAAUCCCAGUAAAAUUUAGUCGAUCAAAAAUUGCUGAAGCGAUAGAAGAAUAUCGUAAGAAGACUUGUAUCGACUUUUCCCCUAAGAGCGCUGGAGAUUUGGAUUAUAUUCAUAUUGUUCCUGACGACGGCUGUUACUCUUUGGUUGGCCGCAUUGGUAAGGAUUUAUCAUUAUAAUUUUUUUCAGAACAUUAUUUAUUUUAGUUUCGAAAAUUUAAUGAAACUUUCGUGGAAAAACUUAUUCUUUUUUUUAUAAAACUAGUAUUUUUUUAUAUUUUUAUUUUUUUAUAUUUUGAUAAUCCUGAAAGGUAGGAAUAUUGUUCGACAAGAGAAUUUGAAAAGGUUUCCGGUUGAGAACAUCAUAAAACUUUGUCGAAGGAUUCUUAAGGACACCUUGAUUCCGCAUCAGUUGAGAAAAAAACGGCGUCUUUCGCUUUUAGUGGAGUUAUGACACCACAAAACCUUUUUAUUGCAAUCGUAAAGUUCAAAUGAAGUUCUAACGCUUUUUUACACUACUAAAAGACAACAUGCGCAUUUUUUCAAUUUAUGAAAAGUUUAAAAAUUGUAAAUCUCCAAGUCUCAGCAGAGUCUUUUCAAAUUCUCAACUGCUCAAAUUUCAUUUUGCUUGUCAAGCUAAUAGUGAAUGAACUAUAACUUCCAUCAGGAGGAAAGCAGCCCGUCAGUUUGGGCGAUGGAUGCAUUCAAAAGGGCAUCAUCAUACACGAACUCAUGCACGCUGUUGGAUUUUUCCAUGAGCAAAGUUCGCAUUUCUUUAUGACGUCAUUCGGGCUUUUUUAUUCAGGUCGAGCGGAUCGAGAUGAUUACGUCACCAUCAACUGGAGCAACGUCGAGGCAGGCCUUCAAGGUUUGAAGGCGAUCAACGGAACUCUUGAAUCAAAUCGAUUGAGAUCAAUUCGACAAAUAUUCUCUGAACAUGAUCGAUCAUUUGGGGACAAAUUACGACUACGGAUCAGUUAUGCAUUACGCGCCUACAGCUUUCAGCAAGGUUUUUGAUUUUUUUUUAAUUUUCGGAGCUUCACCUUUUGUUAGUUUCAAUGCAGUUCAAACACUUUUUUUAUUUUAAAAAAAACUAAUAUUUUCCUGUCAACCUCUCAGUUUUUUUCUUCUUUUUCUGGCUAGAAAGCAAAGAAAAAAACAGGAGAAAGAAAACUUACAAUAAAGUCUUUAUUCUUUUAUUUUAGUACUUUCCCUGUCAACCUCAGUUUUUCUUCUAAAUAAAUCACGCUGAAGCCUUUUUUGGUUUUAUUUCCAUUUGUCUUUUCAGAACGGCAAGCCGACCAUCGAGCCAAAAGAGAAAGGAGCGGAAAUUGGUCAGCGCGUUGGAUUCAGUGAAACCGAUCUCUACAAAAUCAAUAUGCUGUAUAACUGUCCUCAACACUGUAGGCUUUUUUUCUUACUUUUUUCCAAUUAUUCAAAAACCAGCGUCGACUGUUUCGCCAAUCACAACGACCACCAUCAAAGUGAAAUCCGCAUCGAAAAAGCCAGAGAUUGUCCCAGUGAUAAGUGGACCUCUGAGCUCGAGAAACAACUCUGAAACUGGUACAUCGAGUGGCUCCAACGCCUCUGGUACCAAAGGAACUAUCAACAAUUCGCUCAUUCCCAUUUUUGGAAAAAGGAAAUGCGAAGACCGGUUCUUAAUAACUUCUUUCUUCAAAUUCUAUUUUGUUUUCAAGGCGUCGAGAUUGCGAGUUUUUGGCUCGCGCUGGGCACUGUGAGAGCCGCUACAGCGUUGGUUUCAUGACGGACAAUUGUCCGCAAAGCUGUGGAAAAUGUUCAGAAGCAGAGUUGGAAAAAGGUCCAGUCUGCGAGGACACAAGGUUUGAUUUAUUUAAUGGGUGUAGAUUUAUAAGCUGUAAUUUUCACGCUGAUUCUGGUUUUUUUCUACAAAAAAACGUUUUUCAAGACCUUAGAAAAUGUUCCUUUGUAAAAAUCAUAUUGGGCUUCAAAAAUAUUUUUAGUACAAUAAGAUAAAAACCCAUGCAGAAAAAAAUUUGAAGUUCAAACUAAUCCAAAACAUCUUUCCUAAAAAAAUAACACAAAUAAGUUGGAGACUUGAAAGUAUCCCGUUCUAAUGUGUGCCAGCCUACACGCUCUCAAAUCGUGUCAAAAGCUUCAUAAUACUUCUGCGUCAAUGCUAAUUCUCACUCUCCGAAUGAGAAAAUUUCGAAGUCAAAAGUCAUAUUCCGGCUGAAACCAUCGGAAAAGCAUUAAAAAUCACUUCCAUUAAAAAAGAACUUUUAUAGCUCGUUCGAAAGACGUAAAAAAUGUUUUUAGAUUUGAAUCAUUCGAGAAAUUUAUUUGCAGGUCCUGGUGUGAAAGAUGGGCGAAAAGCGGCAUGUGCACGCAACCAAUCUUCCAGGACUAUAUGCGUUCGAAAUGCGCCAAAAGCUGCAAAUUUUGUUGA